GUGAACAUGUUUGUGGAAGGAUUCCAUGAUGCUGUUCUUCUCUAUGCUCUAGCUCUACAGGAAGCCCUGAAGUUUGGUUUCAGUAAGAAAGAUGGGGAAAAAAUUGUUCAGCAAACACGGAACAGAACAUAUGAAGGCAUUGCAGGGCAGGUGUCCAUUGAUGCUAAUGGAGACAGAUAUGGGGAUUUCUCUGUGAUUGGAAUGACGGAUCCAGAGGCAGGCACACAGGAGGUGAUCGGGGACUACUACGGAAAGCAGGGACGUUUUGAAAUUCGAUCAAAUGUGAAAUAUCCGUGGAAUCAUGGCAGGCUGCGACUAGAUGAAAGCCGAGCUUCAGAGCACCCAAACAAUAAACCGUGUAAAUCAUCAGGUGGUCUAGGAGAAUCAGCAGUUACAGGAAUUGUUGUGGGCGCCUUGCUUGGAGCAGGAUUGCUAAUGGCUUUUUACUUUUUCAGAAAGAAAUACAGAAUAACUAUUGAGAGACGAACUCGACAGGAGGAGUGUAACAUGGGGAAGCAUCGGCAGUUACGUGAAGACUCCAUUAGAUCUCAUUUUUCUGCCGCAUAAAGAAGAAGAAGAGGAAGAAGAAGAAGAAUCCCAUUGUUCCUAGGGAAAAAAAAA